CCACUGUCCACCGCCACGUCGACCACCACCACCACCGUUUGUUACGCCCUAUUAAAUUCCUCACUAAUUCUUCUAAAAUAAACAAAACCAGUUUUAUUCAAGAUUUUGCAGGAAUUCUUUGAUUUUCUUCCCCAGGUCAGAACCACCAUUAGCAACCUUAAAUAGCUAAAUCUAAUUCCUUAAUCCGACAUUAUUAAGGAAUACACACUGUUCUCAAUCCCCUUCCUUUGUCCUAUGAGGGAUCAUGCGCAGUAGAGAGAGUGAGAGAGUGAGCAGUGUAGUUGGAGUUCUUACCUUUAUAAUCUCGCUUUAGAAACUAAUUUUAGUGUUGGAAUUGUUCUUCUCGCUUCUGGAAACACUUUCUUUCUCUCUCAUUCUGAGAGGAGAUCAAGGAAGAUGUUUACAGAGGGCUUGGACAGUAACGCCCUCAAAUGGGUUCGAGAGGGUUCUGGUAAUAAUCAUAAGAAUGAAGUUCAUUAUACUCCAAUGUCGACUCAUAGGGCCAGGAUUGAUACUCUGACUGGUCUUAGGAGUGGAGGCAGAAGUGCUGGGCUUCCGCCUUCUAAGUUCCAGAGCGGUCACUUGUCGGGGGUGAUCCCGGUGUCUAGAGUCAUUCAUGCCGAUUCAGAUGACAAUGGGACAGCCUCUGAGAAUGAUAUGUGCACAGAUUCAGAGGAGGAGGUUUAUGGGGGAAGAUACUCGCUGGACUCGUCUCCCCAGGACGAGAGACUCCCGGCCAGGGGCGCAGCUCAGAGAUACUAUAAUUAUGCACAAAGGCGUGUGCCACAGUAUGGCAGCGAGAGUGCAUUCUCCGAUGAUGUUGAUGUUAAUUCAUCCAGGGAGACAAUUGGAAGAGGGAUUGGCCAUGUAGCGGAAAGAGCAGUUAGGGGAACUAGUAGGUUCCCCGAGAGAAGCGGUGCUUACACGGAGGAGGAGGAGGAGUCUGAUUCGGCAGCAAGUUCGGAAUUCUCCACCACACAAGUCGGGACCAAUAGUGGAACUGUUCUAAGGUCAGCAACUUAUGCAUCUGAAGAUUACUCAUCCAGUGUUCCCUCAAAAUCGAAUAGGGGGAGUUUGACGCAGAAGGAUAUGGUUGCUGGAAGUUUGGGGAAAGUUUCUUUUGAUGAAGAAAUUCCCAGUGCACCUCCCAUUUGUGGUUCUGCUGGGGAAAUCAAACAAGAUAAUGAUGAGGUUCCGGCCUCUGGAGCUACUUGUAAAUCAUCUGCAGUGGAUGCAAAUGGUCCCUCAGCAGGGGCACAUGCAAACAUUUCAGCCAGCAUUCACAAGCAGGAGAAUGUUACAAAUCUUUCUGGUUCACCUCUGAGGACUACUGUUGGUGUGGAAAAUGGUGGACCUUCAGGUUCCCAUCCCACUCGGCUGCCAACAUUUCAUGUCAGCGCACUGGGCCCUUGGCACCGUAUUAUUGCAUAUGAUGCAUGUGUACGGCUUUGUCUUCAUGCAUGGGCCAGAGGUUGUAUGGAAGCUCCAAUGUUUCUGGAGAAUGAGUGUGCUUUGUUACGGGAAGCUUUUAGUUUGCAACAGGUCCUACUACAAUCAGAGGAGGACCUGAUGGCAAAGCGUUCAUCAGAAAGGACAGAGACUGCAAUUGAGGGGGCUGCUCCAAAGUCUAAGCAAUUGGCUGGAAAGAUGAAGGUGCAAGUUAAACGAGUGAAAAUGGUUGUUGACCCACCUACUGGAUGUAGUUUUUCAUCCUUGAAAGCCCCAAAUUUAAAGAUGGACUGUGUAAAGCAACGCCUAUAUAAUCUGCGAUUAUCUAUCUCUUCUGGAUGGCGAGCACUUUGCAAGGUCCGGUUUGCUCCUCAAGCUCCUAGAAACGGUUCUUUUUCACGCCAAAGCUUGGCAUACAUGCAAGCAAGUACUCAAUACAUAAAACAAGUUUCUGGGCUCCUGAAAAUAGGAGUCACAUCUCUGCGCAGCAGUCCAUCAUCUUAUGACUCUGUGCAAGAGUCAUACUCUUGCUUAUUGCGACUAAAAAGUUCCAGAGAAGAGGAUGUGGUUAGAAUGCAGCCUGGAUCUAGUGAAACCCACAUAUUCUUUCCAGAUAGCCUAGCAGAUGAUCUAAUUGUUGAAGUUUAUGAUUCCAAAGGCCAACAUUAUGGUCGUGUCCUUGCUCAAGUGGCUACAAUUGCUGAGGAACCGGGUGAGAAACUGCGGUGGUGGUCCCUAUACCAUGAGCCAGAACACGAGCUAGUUGGAAAAGUGCAAUUGUUUAUAAACUACUCAACAAUUAUUGAUGAAAAUAGCAAUCUCAAGUGUGGCUCAGUUGCAGAAACUGUGGCAUAUGACUUGGUGUUAGAAGUUGCCUUGAAGAUUCAGCAUUUCCAACAAAGAAAAUUAUUACUGCAUGGCCCGUGGAAGUGGUUGCUCUCUGAAUUUGCUUCAUAUUAUGGGGUUUCUGAUACAUAUACCAGGCUAAGGUACCUCUCAUAUGUUAUGGAUGUAGCAACCCCGACAGCCGAUUGUCUAACUCUGGUGUAUGAACUGUUGUUGCCAGUAAUGAUGAAAGGCAAUUCCAGGAGCACUCUAAGCCAUCAAGAGAAUCGCAUCUUAGGAGAAAUCGAGGAUCAAUUAGAACAGAUAUUUGCAUUAGUUUUUGAAAACUACAAAUUGUUGGAUGAGUCAGCACCAUCAGGGUUAAUGGACAUUUUCAGACCUGCUACUGGGGUGGCACCACCUGCGUUGGAGCCUGCUGUUAAGCUAUAUUCACUUCUUCAUGAUAUUUUAUCUCCAGAGGUCCAAAAUAAGCUUUAUAGCCACUUCCAGGCAGCUGCCAAGAAAAGAUCGAGAAGGCAUUUGACUGAUACUGAUGAAUAUGUUAGUGGUAAUAAUGAAGCAACUUUGAUGGACGCAGUGACUGUUUCUACAGCUUAUCAGAGAAUGAAAUCCCUGUGUACAAACAUUAGAAAUGAAAUUUUUACAGAUAUAGAGAUCCACAAUCAAAAUAUACUUCCCAGUUUUAUAGAUCUUCCAAACCUGUCUUCUGCCAUAUAUAGUGCCGAACUUUGUAGUAGGUUGCGUGCAUUCCUCAUUGCAUGCCCUCCAACAGGCCCAUCACCUCAUGUAACCGCACUUGUGAUUGCAACAUCGGAUUUUCAGAGGGACCUUGCCAACUGGAAUAUCAAGCCAGUCAAAGGAGGUGUUGAUGCAAAGGAAUUGUUCCAUUUGUAUAUUAUGCUCUGGAUUCAGGAUAGACGACUUGCUUUGCUUGAAUCAUGCAAGCUAGACAAGGUGAAGUGGUCAGGAGUUCGCACACAGCACUCAACAACCCCGUUUAUUGAUGAAAUGUAUGAUAGACUGAAAGAGACUCUAAACGAUUAUGAGGUCAUCAUUUCACGCUGGCCUGAGUACUCCUCUUUCUUGGAGAGUGCUGUUGCUGAUAUUGAGAAGGCAAUUUUGGAGGCUCUAGAGAAGCAGUAUGCAGAUGUCUUGUCACCACUGAAGGAGAAUUUGGGACCUAAGAAGUUUGGACUAAAUAAAUAUGUCCAAAAACUUGCCAAAAGAUCAGUAUGCCAUUAUGUAAUGCCAGAUGAUCUUGGCAUCCUUUUGAACUCCAUGAAGCGCAUGCUUGACAUAUUGCGCCCAAAAAUAGAGCAGCAAUUUAAGUCUUGGGGGUCAUAUAUUCCUGAGGGGGGAAACACUGCCCCGGGAGAACGUCUCAGCGAGGUGACUGUGAUGCUUAGGUCCAAGUUCAAAAAUUAUUUACAAGCAGUCGUCGACAAGCUUGCAGAAAAUAUGAAGGCACAGGGAAGCACAAAGCUGAAGAAGAUAUUGCAUGAUACUAAGGAUGCCUUGACGGAAUCAGAUGUGAGAAGCAAAAUGCAGCCAUUGAAGGACCAGUUAACAAGUACUAUAAAUCAUCUAUAUACCAUCUUAGGUCCUACUGUCUUUGUAGCACUUUGCCGUGGCUAUUGGGAUAGGAUGGGACAGGACGUUCUCAGUUUCCUGGAGAGCAGGAAAGAGAAUCGAGCUUGGUACAAGAACUCGCGCAUUGCUGUCUCGAUUCUGGAUGAUACAUUUGCCUCACAGAUGCAGCAGCAUUUAGGACAUUCACUUCAAGAAAAGGACCUGGAGCCUCCAAGGUCCAUUCUUGAAGUGAGAUCAAUGCUUUGUAGAGAUGGAUCUGCUAACAAGGGCCCAAACUACUAUUACUAAAAUGCCAUUUUUUGUGUACAUAUCUUACAAAAUAAUAGGAAAA